GUCGCAGUGAUUCGAGCUGAGUGCACACAGCAGUUGCGUCUUCUGAUGGAUAUUCGUAGUGUCGCACCGAGACCGGUCGACUGGGUAGGAACACCGUACGAACUCAGCAGUGUCACUUUGUACUAUACGUUUACUGGCGAUGGUAUGACGUGA